AUGAAUUUCGCUGGAGAUCGGGACUGCUCCACGUGUAGCGCUCGGCGACAGGAGAGGUGGUCUGGUGUUGCUCAACUGCAGACAGAUGCCGAUGAAGGGUGCCCAUACUGUUCACUUCUGAAUCAGGGCCUGCUUCGCCUGGACCCAGACGUCGAGGCCAGGUUGGGAGAAGAUGCUGUCAUCCGCUUCAAGAACCCCAACAACAUGAUCGUGUACGCCGACCCCAAUGGCUCACUAGGGUACCGGUCAGACCUGAAAAACGUGGAUUUACAGUACGAAUUCUACAAAGAUGGUGACAGCCGCCCGUACAAGCCGACCGGGGAUACUUCUUCCGACGUGAGCUAUGGGCGGAUGUAUUGGUGGAUUCGGAAAUGCUCGGAAGAGCAUCCGCUUUGUGGCAGCGGCGAGCCAACUGAACUGCCCACACGAAUACUUGAUCUUGGGCUGGACCUGGAGGGUCACACCACAGAUGUCAAGCUCGUGGAGCCGUCGCCCGAUCAAAAAGACCGCUAUGUCGCAUUGUCUCAUUGCUGGGGCAAAGACCAGCAGCCUCUCCGGACUACCACGGCGACGUUGGAUCAUCACAUGGCUGGCAUCCCGUUUAACCAGUUGCCCAAGACCUUCCAGGAUGCGGUCAAGGUUUCGCGACGGCUUGGGGUUCGAUACUUGUGGAUCGACUCCCUCUGCAUCAUCCAAGACAGCGCCAAGGACUGGGAGAUCGAAGCCAGUCGCAUGGCCGCCGUCUAUAGCAACUCUUGGGUAACCGUAGCUGGGACGUGUUCGUCGUCCUCGGGCAGCGGUUGCUACCGGUACGGUCAGGGCGUCAAUGUGCAAGCUCCUACUGCCGAUGGUGACGACCCCCUAGCCGUCCUCUUCCCUGCCGCGACAAAGCUCCGCCAAGAACUCCGUCUCUACCUGCGCUUCAAGUUCCAGCACCCCGAGAGCGGACCGUUUUCUUACCAACACACGGUGCAACCGUUUCCGCUGCUCACCCGGGCCUGGGCGUACCAAGAGCGACUGCUGUCUCCCCGCGUGCUACACUUCGGCCCGCAGGAGGUUUUCUGGGAAUGCAUGCAGGACGUGGACUGUGAAUGUGGCAGCAUGAAGUGGUCCAACGCACAAAGCAUGGGCGGCUACAUGAACCGCGACACGUCCAACGAGCUCCCGGCCAAGAUAUCGCACUAUGCGGCACUACACGUCGGCAAGACCAGUGCGCAGGUCAAUGACACGAAGAGGAAGGAGAAGCUACUGUCGCGUUGGGCGGAGAUGGUCCGAGAUUAUACUAACAGGGAAUUGACAUUUCCCACAGAUCGCUUGCCAGCCUUAUCGGGCAUCACGGCGGAGAUGGUUGACGCCCUAGGGAUGAAGUAUUGCGCUGGUCUGUGGGAAGAGACGCUCCCACUUGGGUUGCUGUGGGAAAGACAAGAUUCAACGGACGAGCCUCCAGUUGUCACCGAGCCCAGGAUGGCGCCGUCGUGGUCGUGGGCAACACUCAACCGCCCCGUGAGGUUUCUCCUUCCCUUAUACGGACCGUAUAGGAAGUGGGAGGUCCCCGAAGUGUUCGCAGGCGUGGAGAAGGUUCACUGUGUCCCGGUGGGAAAGGAUGAGAGGGGCCAGGUACGCUUCAGGGAGUCGUACAUCACCUUGUCGGCCGAGGUUGUCGAAGCGUCGCUGUCGCUUGAAGCCGGUUCCUCAAGGAAGCCGUGGAUGCUUGUAAGCAAGGCAAUCGCUAAAGGUAUGAACUCACCGGAUAAAGGACCUUUCAUGGCAAAGGUCGGAAAGGAGGCGCCUGUGCAGUUUUGGCCAGAUCAUCGACUGGGUGACGCAGAUGGGAACUGGCACUGGAGGGAAGAUGAAAAACUCUAUUGCGCAAAAAUCCUUCGGUCUUCCGAGUCCUUCUACUGGCUCGCUUUGAGGCGGGUUUCAGAGGAGGAGUCGACAUAUGAACGAGUGGGAGUUAUUUCGAACACAGAAGCGAGAUGGGAGACAGAUGGUGUGAAGCAACAAGUCAAGAUCAUUUAG